CCCGGGUGCCGCUGGGCUCCGGGGGAGAAGGCGCGGCCGUGGCCGCCGCCAUCUAAGUCGCGGCGCCAGCGAGGCCCGGCGCGCGCAUGGUGCUGGAGCCGCUUGGGUGUUGAUCGGCCUGUCCCCUCCCUCUCUUCCCCUCCCCACCCCCCGCGGUGGUCUCCCCUUUCCACCCCAGCCCCCGGUAGAGCCAUGUCUCGGAGUGGCUCCUGCCCGCACCUGUUGUGGGACGUGAGGAAAAGGUCCCUUGGGCUGGAAGACCCGUCCCGGCUGAGGAGCCGCUACCUGGGAAGAAGAGAAUUUAUCCAAAGAUUAAAACUUGAAGCAACCUUAAAUGUGCAUGAUGGCUGUGUUAAUACAAUCUGUUGGAAUGACACUGGAGAAUAUAUUUUAUCUGGCUCUGAUGACACCAAACUUGUAAUUAGUAAUCCGUACAGCAGAAAGGUUUUGACAACAAUCCGUUCAGGGCAUCGAGCAAAUAUAUUUAGUGCAAAAUUUUUGCCGUGCACAGAUGAUAAGCAGAUUGUGUCUUGCUCUGGAGAUGGAGUCAUAUUCUAUACUAAUAUCGAGCAAGAUGCGGAAACCAACAGACAGUGCCAAUUUACGUGCCAUUAUGGAACUACUUAUGAGAUUAUGACUGUACCAAAUGACCCUUACACCUUUUUGUCCUGUGGUGAAGAUGGAACCGUUAGGUGGUUUGACACACGCAUCAAAACUAGUUGCACAAAAGAAGACUGCAAAGAUGAUAUAUUAAUCAACUGCCGGCGUGCUGCCACAUCUGUGGCUAUUUGUCCCCCAGUACCAUAUUACCUUGCUGUGGGUUGUUCUGAUAGCUCAGUACGGAUUUAUGACCGACGAAUGCUGGGCACAAGAGCUACAGGGAAUUAUGCAGGUCGAGGAACUACUGGAAUGGUUGCUCGCUUUAUCCCUUCUCAUCUUAGUAAUAAAUCCUGCAGAGUGACGUCUCUGUGUUACAGUGAAGAUGGCCAAGAGAUUCUUGUUAGUUAUUCUUCAGAUUACAUCUAUCUUUUUGACCCCAAAGACGAUACAGCACGAGAACUUAAAACUCCUUCUGCAGAGGAAAGGCGAGAAGAGUUACGACAGCCUCCAGUUAAGCGCUUGAGACUUCGUGGUGAUUGGUCAGAUACUGGUCCCAGAGCGAGGCCGGAGAGUGAACGAGAACGAGACGGAGAGCAAAGUCCCAACGUGUCAUUGAUGCAGAGAAUGUCUGAUAUGUUAUCAAGGUGGUUUGAAGAAGCAAGUGAGGUUGCACAAAGCAACAGAGGAAGGGGAAGACCUCGACCCAGAGGUGUAACAAAUCAGUCAGAUGCUUCAACUCUUCCUACGGUUCCAUCAAGUCCCAGUUUGGAAGUGGGUGAAACUGCAAUGGAUGUAGAUACACCAGCUGAGCAACUUCUUCAACCGUCUACAUCUUCUACAGUGUCCGUUCAGGCUCAGGCAGCAGCAUCUGCCACAGAAAGCCCUCGUUCUGCUUCUGUGCUGUCUUCUCCAGACAGUGAACCACGGCAGUCUGUUGAGGCAUCUGGACACCAUGCACAACAUCAGUCUGAAUUUUUAAGGGGGCCUGAGAUAGCUUUGCUCCGUAAGCGCCUGCAGCAGCUGAGGCUUAAGAAGGCUGAGCAGCAGAGGCAGCAAGAGCUAGCGCAGGCCCAGCAUCAGCCUUCCACUUCCACUUCUGAUCAGUCUCCUCAUGAGGGCUCUUCACGGGACCCUCGAGCUUCAGAUUCUCCUUCUUCUGUGGUUAACAAACAGCUCGGAUCCAUGUCACUUGAUGAGCAACAGGGCAGACAAGGAUUCGCUGAAGCUGGAGUUACAGAUGGUUAUAACAAUAAUGAAAGGCUGAGCCCCAAACCAGGGACAGGUGAACCAGUUUUAAGUUUGCACUACAGCACAGAAGGAACAACUACAAGCACAAUAAAACUGAACUUUACAGAUGAAUGGAGCAAUACUGCCUCAAGUUCCAGAGGAAAUGGGAACCAUUGCAAAUCUGAGGGUCAGGAGGAGUCCUUGGUCCCACAGAGCUCUAUGCAAGCACCUGAAGGAGACAGCGAAACAAGAGCUCCUGAAGAACUAUCAGAGAAAGGAACAUUUUCAGAAAACCUCACUCAAAACCAGAUACAUAUAGCACAAUCUGAUACCUUCCCCACUGAGCCAUUGGAUCCUAACUCAGGAGAAAGGAAUAGCCCAAGUCUUGAUAGCCCUUGUGGGGUUCCAGAAGAAGGCACCUUGUCUGAAACAGGCAAGGAGGCUUCUGAGCAAACUAGCACUGAGGGAGCUUCCAGUCAUGCUAGCCCCAAUCCUGAACUCCCAUCCCAGACAGAAGCCAUUGGGCCUUUAGCUCACGAAGACACAACAACCAGGGACUCUGCUCUCCAGGACACAGAUGACAGUGAUGAUGACCCAGUCCUGAUCCCUGGUGCAAGAUAUCGAGCAGGACCUGGUGAUAGACGCUCCGCUGUCGCCCGCAUUCAGGAGUUCUUCAGGAGGAGAAAAGAAAGGAAAGAAAUGGAAGAACUGGACACUUUGAACAUUAGGAGGCCACUAGUGAAGAUGGUUUAUAAGGGCCAUCGCAACUCCCGGACAAUGAUAAAAGAAGCCAAUUUCUGGGGUGCUAACUUUGUAAUGAGUGGUUCUGACUGUGGCCAUAUCUUCAUCUGGGAUCGGCACACUGCUGAGCACUUGAUGCUCCUGGAAGCUGAUAAUCACGUGGUCAACUGCCUACAGCCUCAUCCAUUCGACCCAAUUUUAGCCUCAUCUGGCAUAGAUUAUGACAUAAAGAUCUGGUCACCACUAGAAGAAUCAAGGAUUUUUAAUCGAAAACUUGCUGAUGAAGUUAUAACUCGAAAUGAGCUCAUGCUGGAAGAGACUAGAAACACCAUUACUGUUCCAGCCUCUUUCAUGUUAAGAAUGUUGGCGUCACUGAAUCAUAUCCGAGCUGUGCCACAGAGGCCAGAAGAGGGUGUUGGAUCCUCCGGAACUGAAGUUAGAGACGGGUUAUCUGCUAUGUAGUGCUGGAAACUGAGCCCAGAUCGGCAGGAGCAGCAAGUGCUCUUAACUACUGAGCCGUCUCUCUACCCCGUCAACACUGUUGUACAUGAUAAACUGUGGUUCAAUGACAGAAACCCAAUUACAACUGAUAUUCAAAAGAAAAUUGUAUAAUCUGUAUUCAAAACGGUAGAGUUAUUAUCCAGUGUGUAUUAUGACAUUUUUAUCAAGCAGGAAUGCUUAGCACUUCUCACUGAUUUCAUAAAUGUAUUCAUAUGUUAGGUAUUAUGUAUCGUUUAUAGACUACCUAUUAUGUAUCAAAUGUCAACUCUUUUUAUUUUGGGAUUUUAGGUUUGUUUUUUGAGACAGUCUUUCUGUGUAGUUCUGUAGUUGUCCUGCAGCUUGCUCUGUAGACCAGGCUGGCCUCAAAUGCACAGAGAUGCACCUGCUUCUGCCUCCUGAGUGCUGAUAUUAAAGGCAUGUGCCACCAAACCCAGCAGAUACUAACCCUUUAAAGAAAUUAAGAUUUGACUUUAGAUUUAUUUUAUUUCAUUGUAUGAGUAUUUGCCUACAUGUACGUGUUCUCCACAUACAUGUUUUCCCCAUGCAUGCCUGGCACCUGGGGAGUUCAGAAGGAAGUGAUGGAGACCCUAGAGCGGAAUUACAGGUGCCUGUGAGUCACCAUGUGGUGAUGGAAACUGAGCCUGGGUCUUCUGCAAAAGCAGCAAGUGUGCUUAACCUCAGACAUCUCUCCAGUCCCUCAGACAUUAACUCUAACUUGCCCAGGCCAUCCACCUGAUAAAUGCUAAAGCCUGAAUUUGAAACUACCUUCCCCUUGACCUAGGAUUCCAUGGAUAGCCAUGUAUUCACAUCAGUACUCUGACAUGCAAGCUCUGGAUGAUACACCAAAAAUCCUUCUCUCCUCAGUUUUUAUAAUUAUGUCCCCUUCCAUCUGAUGUUUGGUAUCCUCCUGUUGUGGACUAUUUACUUUAUCUGACCUUAAUAUUUUCCAGAUUACUUGAGGAAAUGUGUCUGUCAAAAUGUCCUAAAUACCAUCCUUACUGUGGUAGUGAUUUUCUGCCAUUGCCUUCUUCAUAAACCGUAAUGUGGUAUAGCUUAUCUUCAUAAACCUUGCAUUCAUUUCUUUAGUAAACCUUUCUCUAGGGUAGAGGUUAGUAGUUCAGUGCUUACUGUGUGUGAAGCUCUAGGUUCAAUCCUCAGCAUGGCAGAAACAAAACGAAGACAUUAAACACCUUUAUUGAACAUCCUAUCAUAAGCCCUGAGGGUAAAAGGGUAAACAGAUGUUACCCUUGUCACUCAAAAGCUAAUAGUCUGGUCUGAGAAGACAGGUUCUCAAGUAGUAUAACGGGUCAUCACUGAGAGGUUCAUAAAGAACUUUCCAGAAUAAGUGGAGGAAGGAGCUCAUGAAGAGGUUGGGACAAUUUCACAGAAAGUAUAGUGGUUGUACCGAGCAGAACCGUGAUUACUAGUGAAUUGGGCAGAAGUAUCCCAAGCAAAGGAGUAGCAAGUGCAAGUCACAGAAGCCAGAGAGAGAGCGCUGCAGUGGCUCACCAAGCUUACAGCUGUGUGCAGCGAACAUUGGACCCAGCUCAUGCUCUACCUUGAGGGAAGAAACGGUGAUGGAUUUAAGAAAUCUUAUAAACAGAAUUACACAAUCCUGUUACAGGCAUGUCCAACCUGUUGCCCACAGGCUGUGUGUCCCAGGACAGCUGUGAAUGCAGCCCAAUGGAAAGUCAUAAACUUACUGAAGUAAAACAGUAUACAUUUUGGGGUGGGGCCAAGGAGUUUUUGUUUCUUUGUUUUGUUUUUGCAACCUGAUUGCUCUGUUGGAGCAUGAACUUUGUAGAUGAGGUCAUGUCACAGUGUCGAAAGGUUGAACCACCUGUGUGGUCUCCACAUUCUUCUCUCUCACAUCCUCCUGUCCAGGUCCCUUGACAGCACCUGACAUCUGUUAUUAAAACCUAGCCUCCAAGGAACCUUGUUUGAAAACCACUGCAAGAGAAUGUAAUAGAUCAAGCUCUUGUAUGUUUUAGAAUUACAUGAUGUUGUGUAUAUGAUAUUUUAUCAUCACUCUUCAUUUACCUCUUGAGGCAAAAUUAAAAACUUAUACUGGGGUUGGAGAGAUGGCUCAGUUAAGAGCACAUACUGCUCUUCCAGAAGACUCAUGUCAGGCAGCUCACAAUUGACUGUAUCACUAGCUCCAGUGGCAUCCAACGCUUCUGGCUCUGGCCUCCAUAGGCACCUGCACUCAUGUAAUGCUGUAUGCCUUUAACCCUAGCCCUAGAGAUGCGAGGCAGGUGGAGGCCAGACUGGUCUGGAUAGCCAGUUCCAAGAGGGCCAAAGCUGCAUAGUGAGACAUAAGACCUUGUCUCGAAAACACAACCAAACCCUCAUCUGUAUAUACUAGUGAGUAGAUUUUUACAUGUUUGUAUUUUGAAUUAUAAGCAUUUUUCAUAGUUUUAAACAAAGACUCUGGUGGUUAUUUUAAUAGAUACUAAAAGGAUUUUGAGCAUGUGUGAUUCUCGUGUUUGUUUUCCAGACCGUUUGGAGGGUGACAGAUCUGAAGGUUCAGGUCAGGAGAAUGAAAAUGAGGAUGAAGAAUAAACGACUCUUUGCAAGCA